AGUCUGAAUAAUUUCCUAGAAUGCGAAAGGGAGGUGCCACAUUGUUUCCAAAGGGGUAGUCUAUAAAAAGAACAAAUAAUAUAAAGUUUAAUAAUAAUAAUACAUACUCGUAAUCGUUAGGAUUUAGGUGAAUUGGUUGGCUUGCCGUCUCUGUCAAAAAUCAAAGUCAAAAUAUAAAAGAAAAAAUUGUGUGUGUGUGUGUGUGUUAGGUUAAAUCAAAAGAAAAGAAUUCAUCCAGAAUGGGAGGUUGUUUUUCUGACGUAAGCGGAGGAAAAGCUGCGGUGGGCGGGGGCGGUGGUGCCGGUGGCGGACAUGACCUCCGAUUACAACAACAAAGAGGUGGUGGUAGCAACAACGUUGGGGUCGGCGGUCAAGUUGAUGAAGCUGUUGAUCACUUCUUUCUCUCUAAAGGCCUUCAACCUCUUUAUACCAAAAUUGAGCUAUCUUUAUCAGCUUUAAAGUUACGUGAUCUCGAUAUCCUAUCUAAGAGUGACCCAAUGGCAGUUGUAUAUGCCAAGAGGAAAGAUGGAACUCUAGAGGAACUUGGUCGAACAGAGGUGAUCAUGAACAGCUUGAAUCCCAUGUGGAUUCAGAAAAUCAAUGUUGCAUUUCACUUCGAGGUUGUUCAGCCACUAAUCUUUCAGGUUUAUGACGUGGAUACCAAGUAUCAUAAUGUGCCAACAAAGACACUGAACCUAAAAGACCAAGAUUUUGUUGGUGAAGCUAACUGUAUUUUGUCAGAGAUCAUGACUCUCAAGAGCCGAAGUAUGACCCUAAAACUUCAUGGUAGAAAUGGGCAUGGCGUUGGAAGUUUAGGUUCAAUAACUGUUCAUGCAGAGGAAACCAUAGCGUCCAAAAUGGCCGUUACCAUGAAACUUCGAUGUUCAAACUUGGAUAACAAGGACAUGUUCUCUAAAAGUGAUCCCUUUUUACGAAUCUCUAGGAUUGUUGAGGCUGGAAGUCCUAUUCCUAUAUGCAAGACAGAAGUAGUUAACAACAAUUUGAAUCCACUAUGGAAGCCUUUAUGUAUAAGCAUGCAGCAAUAUGUGAGCAAGGAUAACCCUCUGCUGAUAGAGUGUUUUGACUUCAACAGCAAUGGCAACCACACACUAAUUGGUAAACUGCAGACAUCAAUUCAAGACAUGGAAAAACUUUACACAUCGAAAACAGGGAUGAGUUUUGUCUUCCCAUCUUCUCGUCAUCAAGCCCAUGAGAAGAUUCUCAAGGGUAAACUUUUUGUUGAUCAAUAUGACGAGAAGGAACUCCAUAGUUUUCUUGAUUAUAUUUCUAGCGGGUUUGAGCUGAACUUCAUGGUUGCUGUUGAUUUUACUGCAUCGAAUGGAGAUCCUCGAAAUCCAGAUUCCUUGCAUUACAUUGAUCAUUCUGGCCGCUUAAAUGCAUACCAGCAAGCAAUAAUGGAGGUUGGGGAAGUCAUACAAGUUUAUGAUUAUGAUAAACGCUUUCCUGCUUGGGGUUUUGGUGGAAAGUUCUUAAAUAACACUGUAUCUCAUUGCUUCAACUUGAAUGGAAAUGCUGGAAACUCUGAGGUUGAAAGAGUACAAGGCAUAAUGGCUGCUUAUGGAGCUGCAUUGCAUAGUGUCUCUCUUCACGGACCCACUUUAUUUGGUCCAGUAAUAAAUCAAGCUGCAGAAAUAGCUGCUCAAUCUCUCUCAAGCAAUUCCAGCAAGUACUUUGUGUUGCUAAUUAUAACGGAUGGAGUUCUAACCGAUCUUCAGGAGACUAAAGACGCAUUGGUCAGGGCCUCUGAUCUACCCCUGUCAAUUCUAAUCGUUGGAGUGGGAAAUGCCGAUUUUAAACAAAUGGAGAUUUUGGAUGCUGACAAUGGACAACGACUGGAGAGCUCAACUGGAAGAAUAGCUACUAGAGAUAUUGUUCAGUUUGUUCCCAUGCGUAAUGUACAUCCUGGAGAGGUAUCAAUGGUGCAGGCUCUAUUGGAAGAAUUACCAGGACAAUUCUUGACUUACAUGAGAAGUAGAGAUAUCAAGCCAUUAAAUGUCAAUGUGCAAAAGUUUCAUGUUCCCCCAGAUCCAUUAAUGACUUGAAUCUUCAUAUCAUCAAGCUAAAUUGUACAUUAUCUAA